AUUUGAGUGACGAUGUACAAAAAGUUGAAGCCUACAGUGUAAACUGAAACUUUAAUUUCUAGAAAGGGAAGAAUAACACUCCCAAUAAAUAGAUCAUCCUUUAGCCCGCAAAAGUAUUUCAACUACGUACGCUCCAAUUUUCCUUCUUCUUUCUUCAUCUCUCACACUUUUUCUUCAUUACCAUGGAUGCAGUGCUGUGGUCCGCAAUCCUAAGGAUCCGUGAUCUCUCACAUUUCCACUCUCUCUCCAUUUCUUCUUGCUUUAUUUGUGUAGAUGCUGAACCUACGUACCAGUCCGUCAGAGCAACAACACACGAAACCGUGAUUGAUUGAUAUAAGAAGAAACAUGCCAAGCGAGCUAUGGUUUGCACUGCCGACGAUUUACAAGAAUGGAAGGACUUCCCUAAGGGUCUGAGGGUUCUUCUUCUUGAUAGGGACAGUUGCUCAGCGACCGAGAUAAGAUCAAAACUUGAGGAAAUGGAGUAUGUUGUUUAUUCCUGCACUGAUGAAAAGGAAGCUUUGUCAGCAAUUUUGAACACACCGGGAAACUUCCAUGUUGCGAUUCUGGAGGUUUGUGCAAGAAAUUACGAUGAGAUUUUUAAGUUGCUUGGAGCUUCCAAGGACUUGCCUAUAAUAAUGACUUCAGAUGUUCAUUGCUUAAGUACCAUGAUGAAGUGCAUUGCACUUGGUGCAGUUGAGUUCUUGCUGAAACCGCUCUCAGAGGACAAACUCAGGAAUAUCUGGCAGCAUGUUAUUCACAAGGCGUAUUCCAAUACUUCAAAGCCGGGUGAAGAAUCCGUAGCAUCCUUGAUGCAACUCCAAUUAGAGAAUGAAGACAAGAAUGGAGUUCCGGAAGACAUGGAAAUUCUUUCUUGGAUUCAGGACAUUGUGUGGGAGCAACCAGAAGGAAGUGAUGAUAAGUCUCAACUGAACCUUGGAGCAUCUAGGCAAGGUAGCUGGGAAAGCGGAGAUCAAAUGAACUGUUCAAUGGAAACAGAUUGCAAGGACAAGGACGUGCAGUCUAAAUUCGUCGAAACUACUUCACAUGAUUUAGUUUGUGAAGGCCCCAUUCAGGAGGGCCAACCUCAAUUAUCUGACAAGAAAAAAUUUGGUGUCGAGAGUGAUCCUUUAGCUGCUGAGAACUCAAUCCAAGGAACUGGUGUGAACCAAUCUGCUGGAUCCAAAGCGAAGAAAACAAAGGUAAAAUUAUCCGACACAAAGGUGGACUGGACCCCAGAGCUACACAGAAAAUUUGUUCAAGCAGUUGAACAGUUAGGGAUAGAUCAUGCAAUUCCUUCCAAAAUACUUGAGCUUAUGAAAGUUGAAGGUUUGACAAGGCACAACAUUGCAAGUCAUCUCCAGCAGAAGUAUAGAAUGCAAAAGAAACAUGUGAUGCAGAGAGAAGAAAAUACAAGGUGGUCACAUUAUCCAAGAAGUACAUUACAAACCAAUCACUUGAAACCUAUAAUGGCUUACCCUUCUUAUCAUCCAAACUGUGGAAUAUCAGUGUCUGCUGUUUAUCCAACAUGGAGACAGACCAAUGACCGUCCACCUAAUAUCCACGUCUGUGGUCCGUUUGGUUAUCGCCAUUGGCCACAACCUGGAAUUCAGCCCUGGAAUUCCUAUGCACGGGUGCAAGCUGAUACAUGGGGUUGCCCUGUGAUGCCGCCUUCUCAUGCUCCAUAUUUUUCAUAUCCUCAGCUUGUAUCAGCAUCACAACACAAUAUGCAUACAGUAAAUAAGAGCUAUGGCAUGCCUCAGGGUUUAUUUGAUCUUCAACCAGAUGAGGAGGUGGUUGACAAGAUUGUAAAAGAGGCAAUGAGGCAGCCAUGGUCACCCCUUCCAUUAGGGCUUAAGCCUCCUUCUACAGAGAGUGUUCUCACAGAGCUUUCUAAGCAAGGAAUCUCCACCGUCCCUCCUCAAAUCGACGGCUCCAGAUCACCCUGAUUUUAACCAUGUUUGUUAAACAAUAUUACUUCUUUUGGAAGGGAAUAACAGUAAUUUAUUUAGAUAAAAAUAUUGUUUUAAAUUGCA